AUGCAGAAACGUUUUCGCCCCGCAGAUGCUUCCCUUUUGGCACUGCUUAUGCUGCUGGGUGAAGCCCGGCCCUCUUUGAUACCUAAAGACGAAUGUGGAACAAGGCCUCAUAUGGCUAAGAUACCUGCAGGGAUGCGGAUUGUAGGUGGACAUAAUGCUGAACUUGGGGCAUGGCCAUGGCAAAUUAGUCUUCAGAUUUAUGAAAUUGGUCUAGGCUUCUUCCAUAUAUGUGGUGGAUCUUUAAUUAAUAACAACUCAGUGGUGACAGCAGCACACUGCGUGAAAAGAAAGAACCCAGCCUUCUGGAGGGUUGUGCUUGGCUUGCAUCAUCUUCAUAAAAGCACCUAUCUUACUGUAACGCGCCGGGUCAGAGCUAUCACGGUACAUGCUAAUUAUUCUUCGGAAACCUAUGACAAUGAUGUUGCUUUGUUUACGCUAGUAAGAUCUAUCAAAUACAAUGACUAUAUUCAGCCCAUCUGCCUACCGGACACUAAUUUUUCCGUUGAAGAUGAGUACCCAUGUUACAUAACAGGAUGGGGAAAAGCAAAGGAGAAAGGUACAGGCAAAUUUAUAUUACAAGAAGCUCAAGUAAAAAUUAUUCCACAAGACGUGUGUAAUGACAUUGACUGGUAUGGAGGACAACUAACGAAGAAUAUGGUUUGUGCCGGCUCAGCAAGUGGACAUGUCGAUAGCUGUCAGGGAGACAGCGGUGGACCCUUGAUGUGCUAUUUCCCAAAUAUUGCCAGGUUUUAUCUCAUAGGAAUCACUAGCUUUGGAUAUGGCUGUGGCCGACCAAGAAAUCCAGGAAUCUAUGUUCGUUCAGCUAAUUACAGAAGUUGGAUAGAUGCACAUCUUCUUGCUAAAACUACCACUGUGGAGUUUCAAUUUUUCCUGAUCCUUUUGACUGUGGGUGUGCUGGGUCUGGGCGCUCUGCACCGACGGACAGUGUCGAAGGAGCCCAACCUGGACAGGUUCCCUCAUUCAUUAAACACCAGCACACCUCCCUGCAGCACGAAACGCAGUGCUGUGCAUGAAUGUGGAACAAGGCCUGCUAUGGAUGAGGUACGAACAGGCAUGCGGAUUGUAGGUGGACAUGAUGCUGGGCUCGGUGCAUGGCCGUGGCAAGUUAGUCUUCAAAUUUACCGCGUUGAAUUAGGUGGAUUUCGCCAUGAAUGUGGUGGAUCUUUAAUUGCUGACAACUCAGUGCUGACAGCAGCACACUGCAUUAAAAAAUGGGUGAACCCAGAGUAUUGGAGAGUUUUAAUUGGCUUGCAUCAGCUUGAUAAACAGAACAUUCAUACUAUAAAUCGCCGGGUGCGAAAUAUCGUGAUCCAUUCUGAUUUCAAGUGGGGCAGCUAUGAAAAUGACAUUGCCUUGUUUAUACUACUGAAGUUUGUCAAGUACAAUGAAUACAUUCAGCCCAUCUGCUUACCUGCCAUUUCUUAUCUACUGACUGAUGAUAACUCAUGUUACAUAAGUGGAUGGGGAAAGAAAGAGCUGAAAGGUAAAUUUCAAAAUAUAUUACAAGAAGCGAAAGUAAACAUCAUUCCAUUAUAUAUCUGUAAUGGACGUGACUGGUAUAAAGGGAGAAUAUCAAGUCAUAUGAUUUGUGCUGGCUCUGAAAGUGGUCAUGUAGAUAGCUGCGAGGGUGACAGCGGUGGUCCUCUCAUGUGUUACUUCCAAAAUACCUCCCAAUAUUAUCUGGUAGGAAUCGCCAGCUCUGGUGCUGGCUGUGGCCUACCAAAGUAUCCAGGAAUCUACCUUCGUACAGAUAAUUACAGAGAUUGGAUAUAUUCACAUCUACAUGCUACAACCACCACUUUGAGCCUUUGCCGUGUCCUUAUAUUUUUGACUGUAGAGUGCAUAAUCUUUCACCCUCUUCUAUAG